AUGUUGUCGAGGAUCCUGAGAAACUUUGCUACCGAAAGAGUUGCAUAUAAACCAAAAUACUUCAGCCAAGAUCAAAUAGACUUCUAUAACAGAGAAGGCUUCGUUGUAGCUAAGCAAGUCCUACCAAGAUCUAUCACCGACAACCUACAAAAGUGGGCGAAAGAAAUGGAGGAUCUCCCAGAGACUCCAGGGAAGUGGAUGAAAUACUUCGAAGUUACUAAAGGACAGAGACUUUUAUGUCGUGUCGAGAACUUCCUUCCAUUUUUCCCUGAACUCAGAGAGAUCUCCUACGGGAUGGUUACCGAUAUGAGUUCUGACUUGUUUGGAGAACAAGCUGUCAUCUAUAAAGAAAAAAUUAACUUCAAGUUCCCACAAGGAAGCGGCUUCGCUGCUCACCAAGAUCAGCCAGCCUUUGUAAGCUUCGGUUGCAAGAAACUGUUGACCGUCUUACUUCCAAUUGACGCCAACACCAGACAAUCAGGAGGUCUUGAUUUCGUUCGCCAACAUCAUAUCCCGGCCGAAAUUCUUCCUCAAAACUCCGACGGCUCACUCCGCACAGACAUUGAGGCCAAGCUUAACUGGAUUCCUCUUGAUGCCCAUGGUGGUGACUUGGUCUUUUUUGACAGCUAUGCUCCACACAGAAGUGAUGUGAACACAUCCGCAUCUACAAGAAGAAACUUGUAUCUUACUUAUAACCCUCUAUCACAUGGGUCUUGGAGAGACAAGUAUUAUGAGGAAAAGAGAAGAGUCUUCCCUCCAGAGUGUGAAAGGGACCCUACUAAAGACUACAGUGAAGGUGCUAAAGUUUUCAAUGUGGCAAACCCUAUUAAGUAA